CUCGAGGUCAUGGAGUCGAGAGAUUCCACUACCCUAUUCACAUCCUGACUUUGGAAGAAGACUUGGCCACAUUCAAAUCCCAUAUUCAAGCCUACUCAAACACGUCUUUGAUCCGCCAAACAGCAAAACGAGAUGGCUUCCUCAAUCGCCAUGUUGGCAGCAAUGCUUUUCGCAUCCACAGCAUUCGCACACCCUCAACCAAUCGUCGAACACGACCUCAUCCCUGGCAAUCUAGGAGUAACCUGGUAUCAAGCACCUCUUGCUUUCAGCGAAUCAAUCUCGACCGAUGCGACCUGUGGCUGGGCUGUUUCCACGGGUCAGCUCAACACCACCAAGUGCUACGUUCUGCGCACAGAUGCUCUUGGACUGCAGCAGAAUGAGAAGCACGAGUGUGCGUUGAAGGUGUGGGAUGGUGUGUCUGAUUGCUCGGGCGAAGGGACUUGGACCAUGCAUGCUAUUCCCAGUGGCAAGAGUACAAGUUGUGUCGAGACUGGUAUCUUGGACGGUGGCAUGUUUCAGCACAAGAGCUGCAUGUUGACAUGCUCUUGAGGUUCACCGUCUAUGGUAUUGAAGAUGUUGACGGUCGAAGAGUUUCGGAGAGGUAGUCGGAGAAAGCGGUUGCGGUUCGAUGUUCAUGUCUUUCUGGUCGUCGUUUAAGCGUAGAUGUUUUCCCACGUAUGUGCACAUGGUCAUCAUGUCUUACUCGAAUUAUGACUUCUCCAUAUGCUGAAUCUGUACCAUCGGUCUUUGUCUAGAAGGUGUAAUUCAUUGGCAAUUCUCCAGGGGGGUCAACGUUCAGAGUGCUGGUGAAUGACUUUACAGUUUUCACGGGCAUAAAGGUCGCCAGCGCUUUCCAAUCGCGUAGAUGACUUGCGGUACGACUUUCUUGUGAUGCCCAUACGUCUCGGUGCAGAGUCGCCAAAGAUACCGGAUAGUUAUCGUUUGACUGAGCCUACACUCCAAG